CAGUGGUCGAAGGUUACGAGUCGAUUCGUGUUUGAGACUGCAUGCGACUUUGGAGAAACGACAGUAAAGGGUUUGUGGGUAGUCUCUAGCUGGAAUGGAUUGGGAGCUGGAAAACAGGAGACAAGUCAGAAGUCAGGGACGAGAAGAGACUAACAUAAUUGGUACCGUUAUAAUUUAGUGAACUGCCUCUUUUCCAAAGAGGAACCCAAAGGAAGACUGGUCACCUCUUGCAGAUCUCAAAACCAUGGCUCAGUCAUCAGUGUCAUUCAAAGAUGUGACUGUGGACUUCACUCGGGAGGAGUGGCAGCACCUGGAUCCUGCUCAGAAGACUCUCUACAUGGAUGUGAUGUUGGAAAACUAUUGCCAUCUCAUCUCUGUGGGGUGUCACAUGACCAAACCUGAUGUGAUCCUCAAGUUGGAACGAGGAGAAGAGCCAUGGACAUCAUUUACAGGUCAUGCCUGCUUAGAAGAAAAUUGGAAAGAGGAAGACUUUUUAGUGAAAUUCAAGGAACACCAAGAUAAGUUUUCUAGAUCAGUUGUAUUCAUCAACCACAAAAAACUGAUUAAGGAAAACAGUAAUGCGUAUGAAAAGACAUUUACUUUAAGCAAAAACCCUAUUAAUUCAAAAAAUCUACCUCCUCAAUAUGACACUCAUGGAAAGAUUUUGAAAAAUGUUUCAGAAUUAAUCAUCAGUAAUCUAAGUCCUGCAAGAAAAAGACUUAGUGAGUAUAAUGGAUAUGGGAAAUCACUCCUCAGUGCUAAAGUGGAGACAGCUCAACCUGGAGUCAAAUCCCAUAAUCAACGUGGCAGGGCUGUCAGUCAUAAUGAAGUACUUAUGCAAUAUCAUAAGGUAGAAACUCCAGCACAGUCAUUUGGAUAUAAUGACUGUGAGAAAGCCUUCCUUAAAAAGGGAGGCUUAAUUACACAUAAUAGAGCUCACAGAAGGGAAAACCCAUCUGAGUAUAAUAAAAGGAGAAGAGCAACCAAUAUUGAAAAAAAACAUACAUGCACUGAAUGUGGGAAGUCCUUCUGCAGAAAAUCAGUAUUGAUUCUGCAUCAGGGAAUUCACACAGAGGAAAAACCCUAUCAGUGUCAUCAAUGUGGAAAUUCAUUUAGAAGGAAGUCCUAUCUCAUUGAUCAUCAGAGAACUCACACAGGAGAGAAACCCUUUGUUUGUAAUGAAUGUGGAAAGUCCUUCCGCCUAAAGACAGCCCUCACUGAUCAUCAGAGAACACAUACAGGGGAGAAAUCAUAUGAAUGUCCACAGUGUAGGAAUGCCUUCAGAUUGAAGUCACACCUCAUUCGUCAUCAGAGAACUCAUACAGGAGAGAAACCGUAUGAGUGUAAUGACUGUGGGAAGUCCUUCCGCCAGAAGACAACACUCUCUUUACAUCAGAGAAUUCAUACAGGAGAGAAACCCUAUAUUUGUAAAGAAUGUGGGAAGUCCUUUCAUCAGAAGGCAAACCUUACUGUACAUCAGAGAACUCAUACAGGGGAAAAGCCCUAUAUUUGUAAUGAAUGUGGAAAAUCUUUCUCCCAGAAGACAACCCUUGCUCUUCAUGAGAAGACUCAUAAUGAGGAGAAACCCUAUAUUUGUAAUGAAUGUGGGAAGUCCUUCCGCCAGAAGACAACCCUUGUGGCACAUCAGAGAACACAUACAGGGGAAAAAUCCUAUGAAUGUCCUCACUGUGGGAAGGCCUUUAGGAUGAAGUCAUACCUCAUUGAUCAUCACAGAACUCACACAGGAGAGAAACCAUAUGAAUGUAAUGAAUGUGGGAAAUCCUUCAGUCAGAAGACAAAUCUGAAUCUACAUCAGAGAAUUCAUACAGGGGAGAAACCCUAUAUCUGUAAUGAAUGUGGGAAGUCUUUUCGCCAGAAAGCAACUCUAACUGUACAUCAGAAAAUACAUACAGGACAGAAAUCUUAUGAAUGCCCUCAGUGUGGGAAAGCCUUUAGCAGGAAGUCAUAUCUCAUUCAUCAUCAAAGAACUCAUACAGGAGAGAAACCAUAUAAAUGUAAUGAAUGUGGGAAGUGCUUCCGCCAGAAGACAAAUCUCAUCGUACAUCAGAGAACUCACACAGGGGAGAAACCCUAUAUUUGUAAUGAGUGUGAUAAGUCCUUCAGUUAUAAGAGAAACCUCAUUGUCCAUCAGAGAACUCACAAGGGAGAGAAACCCUUUGAAUGUAAUGAAUGUGGAAAAGACCUCAGAAAAUACCUCACCAAGCAUCACACUGCUCACUCUGGAGAGAAAUCCUACAAAUGUAAGGAAUGUGGAAAAUCCUUCGAUCAGAUAGAAAAUCUCAUUACCCAUCAGAAAAUUCAUAUUAGUGAGAAACCAUUUGGAUGUAAUUACUGUGAGAAUGCUUUUAUUCAGAAGUCAAGCCUCAUUGAACACCAGAAAAUGCAUACUGGAGAAAAAUCCUAUACAUGUAAAGAAUGUGGGAAAACCUUCAGCAGGAAAUCAAUUCUCACAAAGCAUGAGAAAAUUCAUAUUGGAGAAAAACCUUUUAAAUGUAAUGAAUGUGGAACAGCUGUAGAGAAGCAAUAUCUCAUUAAACAUCACAACAUUCAUACAGGAGAGAAACCCUUUGAGUGUAAUAAAUGUGGAAAAUCCUUCUCUCAAAUUAUAUCACUUUUUGUACAGGUGAGAAUUCACACAGGUGUUAAGUCUUAUGAUUAUGAGGUAUGUGGGAAAGCCUUCUCACAAAGCUCAUCUCUUACUGUACAUACGAGAAGUCAUACAGAUGAGAAACCCUAUGGAUGUAAUCAGUGCGGGAAAGCUUUCUGUUAAUUCUCAGCUCUUGCUUUACAUGUGAGAACACAUACAGGUGAGAAGCCUUAUCAGUGUAGAGAUUGUGGGAAAGCAUUCAGCCAGAAGUCACACCACGUUAGGCAUCAGAAAAUUCAUACUGGUGAAAAACUGAUUGAAUGUAAUGAAUGUGGAAAAGCAUUUAGCCGUGGCUCACACCUUAUUCAGCAUCAGAAAACUCACACUGGUGAAAAACCUUUUGAAUGUAAGGAAUGUGGGAAGGCCUUUAGUCGUGCCUCACACCUUGUUCAACAUCAGAGAAUUCAUACAGGUGAGAAACCUUAUGACUGUAAGGAAUGUGGGAAGGCUUUUGGCCGUACUUCAGAACUUAUUCUACAUCAAAGACUUCAUACUGGUGUCAAACCCUAUGAAUGUAAAGAAUGUGGAAAGACCUUUAGACAGCAUUCACAACUUAUUCUGCAUCAAAGAACUCACACAGGUGAGAAACCCUAUGUAUGUAAAGACUGUGGGAAGGCUUUUAUUCGUGGCUCACAACUUACUGUUCAUCGGAGAAUUCAUACAGGUGCUAGACCUUAUCAAUGUAAAGAAUGUGGGAAAGCCUUUAGACAGCAUUCACAGCUUACUGUCCACCAGAGGAUUCAUACUGGUGAGAAACCCUAUGAGUGUAAGGAAUGUGGGAAGGGCUUUAUUCAUAGCUCAGAAGUUACUCGACAUCAAAGAAUUCAUUCUGGGGAGAAACCCUACGAAUGUAAGGAAUGUGGGAAGGCCUUUAGACAACACGCACAGCUUACACGACAUCAGAGAGUUCACACUGGUGACAGACCUUAUGAAUGUAAGGACUGUGGGAAGGCGUUUAGUCGUAGUUCAUACCUUAUUCAACAUCAGAGAAUUCAUACAGGUGACAAACCCUAUGAAUGUAAGGAAUGUGGGAAAGCCUUUAUUCGUGUUUCACAACUGACCCAUCAUCAGCGAAUUCAUACUUGUGAGAAACCCUAUCAAUGUAGGGAAUGUGGAAUGGCCUUUAUUCGUAGUUCACAACUUACUGAACAUCAGAGAAUUCAUCCUGGGAUCAAACCUUAUGAAUGUAGAGAAUGUGGGCAGGCCUUUAUUCUUGGCUCACAGCUCAUCGAACACUACAGAAUCCAUACUGGUUAGAAAGCCUUGAAUGUUAGGGGUGUAGGAGCCUUUACAUGGAGUUCACACCUGACUCAGUAUUAGAUAAUGUAUAUGUAAUGUGAUUAAUGUGAAAACCUUCACUUAUCACUUCCAUUACGGAACAUCGGAUAACUCAUAGCAGAAGAAAAUCCAAUAAAUGUGGGAAUUCUUUUUGCCUCACACUCACUGCUUACCAAGCAUCAGAAAACAUAGGCUGAAAUAAAUAUUAAUAUGAAUA